UAUUCUUUCUUUAGUUCUGAUUUGUAUAUAGACACUUAUGGUUAUGGUAUUUCGGUGGCACAAGGUUUUACUGGCAUUGUUAUGAUGCUACUUGGUAUCUACUUUUUGAUCUUUGGCUUUAGUUUCUUUAGAGGAACAUUGGCUGCUGUUGGCUUUGUCUUCUUUGCUCUCAUGACUUGGAUUGGUCUUGUUAAUAAUGAGCCCUUGUAUGGAUACCCUCAUAAUGAUGUUGUAUAUAUCUGUGUCAGUGCUGGCAUUGGUAUACUCGGUGCACUCUUGUGUAUUUUCUUGUACGGUAUCUCCAUUUACUUUAUUGGUGUAGAUGCUGGCAUCUUCCUUGCCGUCUUCAUUCUUUCUUGGAAAGCAAGCCUUGUUAUUGAAAUUAAAGUGGCCCGAGUUUGUUUUAUUGCGGGUAUGGGCAUUGUGUUUGUCAUCUUGAUCAUUCUGACUGAAAGUUACUCUGUUAUCUUUUGCACUGCUUUUAUUGGUGCCUAUCUUUUCAUUCUCGGCCUUGACUUGUUUAUUCAUACGGGCCUUAUCAAUGCCUUCCUAUCGAUCUUUGAUGGAAAUCCAAAUCAUACGAAUGUUUAUAUUAUUCGCACACCCGUGUAUGUCAUGCUUGCUUUUGUCAUCUUCUUGACAUUGGUUUCUUUUGGCUGGCAAUACUACUGGAAUGUGAUGUCUAAAAAGAAAGAGUUUGGUGUCAAUGUAGAGGAAAAGUGUAUUGAGAAGAAAUAG